CCCGAAUAAACAGUUUGUUGUCGUAAUCAUGGCGCUUCGCAUGUUGUGCAGUAAAACAUUCAACUUUAAUCUAAUUCUACCUCGAAGCUCAAUAAACCACCUCCCAGAACAGUUACAGAAUGUUGCACCUGCCACCGUUCGAUGGUCGUCAUUUCGCUCCUCAGAACCGGUCGGUGAUAUAGCGCAGUUCCCCGAGGUGGAAGUAGUACAGAAUCCACCGGAAUGGAAAUACGUCGAACGAUUGCUCGCUCCUCGAACCGUUCCGAAACCAAUUCCAAAGGAAAACUACCCUUCGGGAUGGAAACCAGCCAACCCACGACCCGAGCUUAAGUAUGUAGUGCUACGUACGAAAAAUCAUAUGCUACCGGUAUACCUACGUCGUGGGUUCCGUGGCCAGCGUCGAAUAACAGCGAUCCGGCAUGUCGAGGGUGAUAUUUGGCAGUUAGAGGCAGAAUUGCGAUAUCUCAUCGAAAAGCAGCUUAACCGUCCCAUCAUUACACGGGUGAAUGAAAUGAGCGGCCAUAUUGAGUUUAAGGGCGAUCAUGUGGCUUUCGUUGAGAAGUUCUUACUAGAGAAAGGAAUGUAAGGGCAUUUGGUAAAUAUGUUAAAUACAGUGUGCAUCUUAGACAGCUUGAAACGAUGUCGUUUGGUUUGAAUGUUUCGGGAUGUGGAAUGAAAGUAUCAACUGUCCGUAUGUUCCAUCUUAAAUUUAAUAUUUGCCUUACAAAUAGGUUCAGC